AUGCGUUCCAGUUUCACAUCAUCGUAUUCUUCCUCCUCCACGCUUAACCCAUCCUCCGCAUCUAGCCCGCUGUCUUAUAGUAGCUCUUCAUCGCAAUUAGGUUUUCGUAGAUCAUCGGCAACCGGUUCACAUGGGGUGUCGGGUCGAACUGCGACGGACUACGGUAGUCCGUUUCAGAGAGACUCGUCGAACCGUGAAUCGCUGCCCUCGCGACUUUACCCAACUAGGUCGAGUAGUUUAGCUGGUAGGCCACAAGGUGCACCUAUCAGUAGUAGAGUGACGCGCGAUGAGCAAACGAUCGGGUUGCUCGAAAGGUACGGUAACGGGACGCGUAAGACAUCAGUAGGUGAGAGUUCCACGUCUCAAUACUUUAAGCAGCGCAGACAACAGCAGUUAGAGCCAGACUGUGGGCCAUCGUCAUCUGUACUUGGUCAACGUCGUCAGUCACUUGAAGCCGGACCAGUCGGAGCAUCUCCAUUUUCACCAUUCAAUAGAGAUCAACCAUCAACAUCAUCGUCACUGUUCGGAAGAGAUGGAGCUCGCCAGAAUGUCCCUGAUUCGCAGGACUUGAAUCAAAAUGAGUAUAUGCAACGCCUUAUGGCAGCUCAUAAUCGCGUCGAUGACUUACUUCGAUCACGUGGAUUGAGCGGUGAGGAUGAGCGAAAGUACUUGAGAGCGUGGGAAGAGAUUCCGAUCAUUCGGGAGGAACGAUACCGACGGGUUCGUACACCCAGCAGUUCAAGCGACUCGGGCCUGUCAACAGACAAUGAUAGCGAUCGAAGCAAUGCUGAAGCGGCACAACCACCAGAACCACCUGCUGUGGAUACAUCGGAGUACUAUGCUUUCGAACGAGAAGAAGAGGAUAUUCAAAUCGUUCACAACUACGUUGUCAAAGCCAAGGAAAAAGUGUUCUACAGUGAGAAGCUAGAAAAUGUGGACUUCAAGUUGGACAAAAAAGCAAAACAUGAAAAAGCUUCAAAGUCAAUUCAUACACCUGCUACUCCGGAUUCUUGCCGUUUUUCUGUCACUAAAGCCAAGGACUUAAAUGCAACGAAUAAGAAGAAAAAGUCAACAAUUUGCGAUACCAGAGCUACUUUCCCAUCAAACACAACGGAAGCAGUUUCCAUCACUCUACCAGCUGCACCAACUCCGAAAGUUUUGAUGGAAGCACGUCAGGACCUGAAAAAAACACCGGAGAAGUUCAUUCCAAAACUGAAGGAAGCCGUGAGCAAAUGCACCAAAACACUUCGAGCAGUUCAUUUGAAAGAGGAUGUUUUGAAGUUAUUGGAUGCUCCCAGACCAUCUUUAUCAAUCAGCGCAAGCUUCAGCGUUGGAGAUGUGAGAACUUUAACUAAGCCAACCUUGCCAAAACGGAGGAAAACAUAUGAUGACAAUGUGAAAGUUCAACAGAAGAAUGUUUUGGCUAGUCUGAAACGAAAAAAGAUGGAUGUCAUUCCGAGUACCGCCGAGAUCUCAAUUCAACAUUGCAGUUUUUAUAAUCAACUGGCCAAAGAUAAUUUCGCCGAGAAAAAUGUGCGGCUCAAUUUGAGGAUGACCGAAAGAGCACCCAAGAAUUGUUGUGCUUUUAUUGUUCUCCCAUCACCUCCACGUGUCAUUUACGCCCGGAAAGAUAUCAGCAUCUUUUCUACAAGACCUCCAGUUCGAAGAACCAAAACUCAAGAAAUUCCGAAACCCAAAAUCGGAAGACUCAACCGAGCAUUCACUGUUGGGCUUGAGAAAGAAGAAAAGGAGACUCGAAAAGUUAAUCGUCUCAAAAUUCCCGAGUACUUCUUGCAGAGCAAUGCUGAAAUGUUUGAGGACAUUAUGGGUGUCAAAAACGGUUUGAAACGGGUUCCUAUUAUCGGUGGCUUUUUGGUUCAGCCCAAAGAAAAACAAUCGUCACAACCACAAUCAACUCUUCGAAGAGCUGGUGCUAUCCGAAGAAAGCCGACACCCAUUAAAGAAGAGCCCAGUGCUCCGUACUCGGACUUCUGCCCACCACAAACUCCAAGCAGUCCAGUUCCAAGGAUACGGAUAGUCAGUCCGAUUGAACCGGACCCUCCACCCCUACCAAGGAGGAGACCGCCGCCUGCUUCAUCUUCGAAGCAUUUAAACUUGCAUGGCUCCCUAGCGCUGUCCGCGAAGCCUAGAGGAGCCGCAAAAAACUACGAGUCAAAACAACACCAACAACACCUUUUCGCGGAAUUGUCAGAAACAGAUAAAAUACUGAUCGAACGAUUCACCUCCCAAAUGCACAUUCCACGCCCCAAGGCUAUCAUCCGCGCUCUAUCGCCAUUCAACGCAAUUCGAGCGUUAAAGUCACAGUUUAACAAAGAGCGAUGCACCAGUCCACCAACGAGAUUCAUCAACCGUCGAGCUCCACGCGUGCGAUCACCAACGCCAGCAAGAGAAAUGAAACCAAUCCGGUUGAAUGCAACAAAAAUUGUGAAGAAGCAACAACCCAGACGACAUUGGCUAGAUUUUCAAGUUGAUCUAAAGCGCGUUGACUUUGAAAAACACAAAAAUCGCCUGAAGCCCAGAAGGCGCCUUAUGCGAUGGAUUCCUAGAUGGCGUCGUAGAGGCACCGACGAGGAAGUUGAGGAGGUCGAAGAGGAAGAAGAAGUCGAGGCUGACUAUGCUCCUUCUGAAACUGGAACCACUCGAUCUGAUCGACCAAAGACAAAGUCGUUUACCGAAGACGAAGAAGGUUUGACCGAGGGAGAGCGCGCUAUGGCGGCUGCCAAACGCCGUCAUGAAGAAGAUCAACACGCAAAACUUCAAGAUUACGAAGAGCGCCGUCGCGCCGAACGUGAGAAAGAGGAAGAGGAGUUGAAGAAGUUGAAGGAGAAACAGGAGAGAAGAAAGUUGGAGCGUGAACAAGAGGAGAAAGAGGCCGAAGAGCGUCGUCGUGCUGCUGAUGAUCGCCGUCGUCAGGAAGAAGAAGAACGUAAGGCUAAGACCGAUGCCGACCGCAGAAACCGUGAAGAAGAGAAGAACAAGAGAAACCAACUCGGUGGAUUCCAAACUGGACAACCAGGUGGAAGAAACUUCACUGUUCCAAAAAAGGCUUCUCAAAACGAUAAGUUUGGAAACAUCGUCCAAGCUAAACAGGAAAUGGGAAUGACCAAGGAACAACAAGACGAUGCUAAGCGCGCAUUCCUCGCGACCAUUCGCAAAGAGAUCCAAAACGCGUCCGAGAUUCCUCAAAGCGAGCUAAAGGCCAAGAUCAAGGAGCUCCAUCAGAGAAUCUGCAAGCUCGAGGCCGAGAAGUACGAUCUUGAGAAGCGUCACGAGCGUCAAGAGUACGACAUGAAAGAGCUCAACGAGCGUCAACGUCAAGUAACCCGCAACUCCGCUCUCAAGAAGGGCAUUGACCCAGCUGAAGUUGGAAACUCCAGAUACCCGCCAAAGGUCCAAAUCGUGUCCAAGUAUGACCGUCAAGUUGAUCGUCGUAACUUCCGUGAACGUCGUUCUGUGUUUGAUAAAAGAAACGCUCAUCCAUGCUUCCCAGGAAUCCCACCUCCACCGGCUCUCUAUGAGAAGAUUGUUCUGGCCGUUGAGGAAGAAGUAGUUGCCGAUGAAGACGAAGAAGAGUAG